AUGCCCUUUCUCUCCAAGGUCAUCACCUUCCGCACGCCCACGAACCGCGAUGCUGCCAUCAAGGCGGCCAGAGUGAUUCGGUCCAUCAAGAGCCGAUACCGAACCCAGGCCUUCCUGUUUCUGGCCUACCACUUCUUCCUCACGUCGCCCAUGCACCUGGACAUCUUCAUCAUGUUCUUCAUCCUCGUCAGCAACUUCAUGAACCGUCAGCAGGCGUUUCCGAGCCAGCUGGCCGUCGACGGGCUCCGCUUCCUGAUGGACGAGAGGCGCUUCAUUAUGCCUUGA